GGUGGAUGGCUUUUGAUCUCAAAUAUCAUCCUACCAAAUCCAGUCAGCAUUCCAUCACUGACAUUGCGAACAUCAUAUCGUGACAUUGCCAAUUACAAUGAUAAGAAAACCGUCAUUUCAGCAACUGCAUUGAGACAACUUCGUCAGUUCAUCAAUUUUACUCAGCUAAGAUAUCAAUGCCAUAGAGCAGUCCCCGGUCGCACUGUUAACGUGAUCACAGCAGCAAACUCUAAAGGCUACGAUGCUGUAGAUUUCUUCACUGGAGUUUCUAAUAUUCGUCCUCAAGCGUGCCAGUCAUACUACCAAGGGACCGGGGACAAUUCCMAGGUCGCCGGACAGUGUGCUCAGUGGGGUAAAGGGUCAGGAAAAUGGGGCAGUGGAGAAGUGGGUGGCAUAAACGAAUGGCGGCUUAUUGAUCAUCCACUUUAUGUGCAUGGAAUAUACCACUGGUUAGUAGCAACAUCACUCUCUCGACUAGAAUGCGACAAUGCAUUUGACAGUGCUUUAAAUCCUGGUGAUUACUGGAAGAUUUACGUGCGUUAGGCACGAAACGUUUCAGAGAGUUAAAAACACCAAUGCUGUGGUUGCUGAUAGUUCAAAGUGUUUUGCACCGAAGUCACAACAUGAGACAAAARCAACAAGAAAUAAAUAAUGUCAGACUCCCUGCCCUACACCUUACUCGAAAUCUGAUUGGUCUGAACUCAACAAUGCAAAAUCUAUAAACGUAAAAAGUAAAUAUAGACAAGUUGAAUUGGUCCAUUAUUUAAUCUUUUUUUAUUUCACUUUAAUCAUCACUCAUUUACCAUCCGAGAGAUAUCGUAUAAGAAGUAUUGAUUUUUUUAUUUAAGUUCAGGGAAUUAAAUUAAAUAAAGGUAUAGAAUAAGUGCUUACGGAUGGUAGACAGCUCCAARGGAAUCCACAGGCCUAUAUUUUUAAUAGGACUUCCUAUUUGAUUAUGUAAGAGUUAAGUAUUUGAGUAAACCAUUAUAAUUAUAAUUAUUGCAUCUCUUUAUGCAGGUUUGGGUCUUAUAGCCAAAUCAGGCAUACCCAAGUUAUGAUUUGGAAACGGAGUAUUAACCAAUGUAAUAAACUUUCUUAGCCAAGCACAAUGGUAUGCACAUUAUAAAAUAGUAAGGAUGGAAUCCAGCUUGUGGUGCCGGUUGUAGGUGCGGAUUUGUACCUUGGAGAUAUGUUAUAUUAAAAGAUACCCUAAAACAGAUACCAGCUUAUAUUUUGGUUGACUGAACAAC